UUCCUCAUGGCCAGUUCCCAAGAGGAGAAGGGACCCGGCACCCGGCCGCGCCUGCGCAGUGCGCCCCACCUUGGUUUGCCCGGUCUCCAUGGCAACGAGGCCGGCUCAGAGGCCUCAGCCUCCGGGAGAGAGAUGAAGCUGAAGCGGUUCUUGCUGCGAUACUACCCUCCGGGGAUUAUUCUGGAAUAUGUUCAAGGCGGGGAAGUGAAAACCAAAUCCAUAGAUUUACUAGAUCUGAAUGCAACUACAGAUGUAGGAGCCUUAGUAGAAGAUAUUAGAAAGUCAGAACCCCUUAUCACAGCCUCUCGUAAAGAACAAGUUGUACAUUUGAUACUACGACUACAAGAGAAGCUUGGACAACCAGUCGACCACAAGUUCCAUCUUUUUAAGGUACUUCGAGCACAUAUAUUGCCAUUGACUAAUGUUGCCUUCAACAAAUCUGGUUCUUGCUUCAUCACUGGAAGUUAUGACAGAACUUGCAAACUGUGGGACACAGCAUCAGGAGAAGAGUUACGUUCCCUGGAAGGACACAGGAAUGUGGUAUAUGCAAUUGCAUUCAAUAAUCCCUAUGGUGACAAGAUUGCUACAGGAUCUUUUGACAAGACCUGCAAAUUAUGGAGUGUGGACACAGGAAAAUGCUAUUAUACCUUUAGAGGACACACUGCAGAAAUAGUUUGCUUGUCCUUUAACCUUCAAAGUACAUUGAUUGCUACUGGAAGUAUGGAUACUACAGCUAAAUUGUGGGACAUACAGAGUGGAGAAGAAGUGGUCAGAUUAACAGGGCAUUCUGCAGAGAUUAUUGCAUUGUCCUUUAACACCACAGGAGAUAGGGUCAUUACAGGUUCCUUUGACCACACAGUUGCUGUAUGGGAUGUUGACACGGGCAGGAGGUUGCAUACGUUAAUAGGGCAUCGUGCAGAAAUAAGUAGUGCACAGUUCAAUUGGGACUGUACUCUGAUAAUCACUGGCUCAAUGGACAAAACAUGCAUGCAGUGGAAUGCCCUCUCUGGCAAGCGGGUGGCAACUUUAAGUGGACAUGAUGAUGAAGUGUUAGAUGUUUGUUUUGAUUAUGCUGGCCAGCGUAUUGCAACUGCCUCAGCUGAUGGGACAGCAAGAGUUUAUGAUGCAGAAACAAAAAAAUGUAUUGCAAAACUUGAAGGUCAUGGAGGGGAGAUUUCGAAGAUCUGCUUCAAUCCUCAAGGCAGUCGUAUUCUUACAGCCAGUUCCGAUAAGACAGCUCGACUUUGGGACCCACAGACUGGACAAUGUAUUCAAAUAUUAGAAGGUCACAAUGAUGAGAUAUUUUCAUGCGCUUUCAACUACAAGGGCAAUAUAAUUAUUACAGGUAGCAAAGAUAAUACAUGUAGGAUAUGGCGCUGAGGAUAAUGCCUGACUGAAUGUCCUAACAACUUUCGUAUGGUGAAUUUAUAGACAAUAACCACUAUGACCUUUUAAAACUCUUUUUGUGUGUCUUCUUUUCUCUUUUAGCCUUAAUGAAAUAGAUCUGUUUCCUGAACUCAUGAGUUGAACAGUGUUAGCUGGUUCUAUAUUGGCUUUAAAUAUGUUAAAUGAUUAAGUUGCAAUAAGCUAUAGGCCAGUAGUGGUAGAGAUGGGGAUAUUCAUCAUGAUCUUAACUAUUACCUGGAUGCUUAUCACAUGUUUAGUUGAAUAUACUCGGUGUGUUUAAUCUUUGGUUAAUAAACUAUUUGAAAAGCUA